ACAGAAGGUUCACAUCUGAGAUUUGGUUAUGCACUGCCAGCCUGAGAGACGGACACAGGGAGAGAAUGCAGUCUGCUUCUUAACAUGUACUGAACUAGGUCUUUUCUGAAAAACAUUUUUUUUGUUUAGUUUUUUAUUUAAAGGACAAAACACAAAUAAGGAUUGCAAAAUGAUGCUUCCAUUCUGCCUCCUGAGUUUGAUUGCGACAGUUAAAGCAGAGCUUCUACAAGGUUCCUGCAUCUUUGAGGAGAGCACCUGUGGCUACACGUCUGACCCGGACUUCCUCAGCUGGACCCUCGACCCUACAGGACACUUUAUCACGGUUGAUGUGCAAGUCCAGGAAGAGCAAGGAAAGGCGGUUCUAUUGGGUCCAGAUGUGGAAGCACAGGACUGGAGUUGUUUCAGGAUGGUGUAUCAGGUCACAGGCAGCACCUCCCUACAGGUGCAGAAACGAACAGAUGGAGAGAGUUUUGAUCAUGUUCUCUGGAAAACCCAAAGUUCUUCUGAUAGCUGGCUUAUAGCCAGCAUUGACCUUCAGAACUCUACAGAACCAUUCCAGAUUGUCAUUGAAGGCAAACUAGGAGAUGAAGAAGGCAGCAGUGUCUCCAUCUUUGAGAUACAGAUCUCUGACAAAUACUGUAUAGAGUGUGACUUUGAAGAGCCUCAUCUGUGUGGAUACACAAACCAGUGGAACAAAUACAUGAACUGGCGAGUGGGAAGAACAGAAGAUACUACACAGAGAGACAGGACGGGUGAACUUCAUGAAUCAUGUCAGUACCUGUAUGUUGACUCUACCGAGAACAAAAGCUUCCAGGAGGUGGCCAAACUGGUGUCUCCGAUGACCACAGUGCCCAUGUCAGGCUGCUUGAGUUUCCAGUACCAGCAGUAUCAUGCCGAGGACCAUCUGUUCACUGUCUUUAGCAGGGAUCAAGCUGGACAAUAUCAGGAACUCUGGAGAGCUGACUUAACCGAGAACAACCAUGUGGACUGGAGUCCAGAGGCCAGAGUCUGGAUACCUGCACAAGUGGACCUGAAAGCUCCAUAUCCCAUUGAGCUGGUGUUUGAGGUGGCAUUCAACAGUCCACAUGGAGGUUACAUGGUUCUUGAUAACAUCUCCUUCUCUCCAGAGUUCUGUAAUGCAGAAACAGAGCCAACCUUUAAUCCAUCAGUGGCAAACUGUGACUUUGAGUGGGGAUAUUGUCAGUACACUCAGAAACAGUCAGAUGGUUCACAGUGGAGGAGAGUCUCCAUCAGGCCCAACAUCUACAGCACUGGAGACCAUACCAGAGGAGCAGGUUCUUUCCUUUUGGCAAACUCCCGCUUCAACUUACAGUCUCGAUAUGUCAGCCGUUUGUUUGGUCCGCCAAUGGCCAAGAAUCAGAAAUAUUGUCUGAAGUUCUACUACUCCCUGCGAAGUCUUAGUGGAACAGACCAAGUAUUGGCAGUGUAUCUGUAUAACACAGAUAAUACGAAACCAGAACAAAUCUGGACCCAGAACGAGAAUAUAAGAAAUGUUUGGAUUGCAGUUGAACUGACCAUACAAACCCAGAAGAAUGCUCAGGUGGUUUUCAUCAGUACAUGCAAAAACAUUUGGAGUUGUGGCCCUGUUGGUCUCGAUGACAUCGAAGUCAGCCUUGGAGACUGUAAUCUACCAUUAGCAUCUUCUCUGUCAGGCCCAUCUCACUGUGAUUUUGAGGCUGGUUUUUGUGGAUACACUCAAGAUAAGGAAGGGGGCUCAGGCAAAUGGAUGCUGGCCAAAGGAGCAACACCAACCUCCUUCACAGGACCGAGAGGAGACCACACCACUGGAUUAGGUCAUUAUUUGCACAUUGAGGCAUCACUGAUGCUGCCUGGUCACAAAGCUAGCCUCCUCUCCAGCUCUCUGCGGGGUUCUAAAGAGCCACACUGCUUGCAAUUUUACUACCACAUGUAUGGCUCUGGGACGGGCCAGUUAAGUGUUUACCUCCAGACUGGACAAGAGAAUGAGGACAAACUGUUAUGGACGUGCCAUGGAGAGCAGGGCAUCUCCUGGCUCAGAGCAUCAGUAACGUACCAGUAUGACCAACAACACCAGAUUGUGUUUGAAGCCACCAGAGGAACAUCGAUAAGAAGUGAUAUUGCAAUUGAUGAUGUUGUUUUUAAAAGGAGACCAUGCAGAGAGUCUGCUGACGUCUAUUUCCCCCUUCUAAGCCUCUCUGGAAAUAGUAUUGACAUUCAGUGAAUGAAGAAAAGAAUAUUGGACAGAGAAAACUUAACAGGCUCGUUCACCCAAAAAUGCUCUCAUCAUUUACUCACCCAUAUGCCAUCCCAGAUGUGUAUGAAUUUCUUUCUUAUGCAGAACAAAAUCAGAUCUAUAGAAAGGUGAAAGGUGACCAAACUGUUUAAGCUCUAAAAAGCACAUAAAGUCAGCGUCUUCUGAAGCAAUCCAAUUGGUUUUGGGUAAGAACAGACAAAAACUCCCUUUUCACUAUAAAUUUUGACAUCUGCAGUCUCCUUGCCGAUUAUGAUUUCAAGCUCAGUUGCACUUUCUAGCUCUAUCUCAUGCUCUACGCAUGCGUCAAGCACAUGGAAGUGUAAUCGAGCUUGGAAUCAUGAUCGUGCCUAGAGACAGCAAUGGCAAGAUGUACAGUGAAUAGCCUAACAUUAUUUGUCUGUUCUCAUCCAAAACUGCUUAGAUUGCUUCAGAGGACAUGGAGUAAACACUGGUGUCUUAUGGAUUACCUUAAUGCUGCAUUUAAUUCCUUUUUAGAGCUCGAAAAUUUGGUCACCAUUCACUUGCAUUGUAAGGGCCUACAGAGCUGAAAUAUUAUUUAAAAAAUUGUCUUUUGUGUUAAGCAGAAAAAAGAAAGUCAUACACAUCUGGAAUGGCAUGAGGGUGAGUAAACAAUGUGAGAAUUUUCAUUUUAGGGUGAACCAUCCCUUUAAAAUUUGAAAAUACAAAUGGAGUGGAUGUUUUUAAGGAUAAAUGAAUCAUGAUUGCAUGACUGAAUUAUGCUUGUUUUCUAAUAUACCUGUUAACCUUUUGGCUAUUUAUCAUGUUUAUUUAACUUUGUCUACUUUCAUACAAAACUGGCUCAUAACAAAUGUGACCGUAACAUACCAGACCACAGUAUACUGAUAUUUGCAGCACACAGAGCAGUGCAGAUUACGUUGACACCUAGUGGCAAAGAUGCAGCAUAGUGAAAAAACAGUUAUUCAUGCCAUCAUAAUUGUUUUUUUUUGUUGUUGUUGUUGUUUUUGUUUUUUUGGCAGUAUGCCAUGAUUAAUUUGCAAAUGAACAUAUCCAACAAGGGAUUAUUGACAUAAAGUAAGUUAUAUUCGACUGGUCACAUGACCUCAUCAUAGUGGCGCUCAUGAUUGUGUGUCAAUACAAUAAGUAGAAUAAAGCAUCUUUUUCUCUUAA